CGAAAUAAGAUAUCAUUUUAUAAAUGAUAUUUUAUUUUUAAUAAUUUAGGUUUCUGGAUUACUGUUCACUUUAACUCUCAGCAAAGUGUGAGGAUGGUUCGUACGACGGCGAAGACAUCAUCGGCAGCCGCGGGGAAAUCGAAGAAGUCUCGAUUGAGCAACGCCGAGCGGUCGGCCUACUUUUCUCGGAGGGAGGCGGCGAAGGUGCUCCGUUCCGUUCUCCAAGGAGAUGCUCGCCGACGAGCCGUCGGGUCUAUCAAAUCUCUCGUUUAUGGUCCCUCCGUUAAGAACAAGAAGGCCACUUUCGCACUUGUUUGCCAAACGCUCAAGCAUCUUUCUAUUGUCAAGGAUGUGUUGGAGACUGCCAACAUAUUGAAUAGCAGAUGGAAGAGGCAAGAGGAGUUGAUUUACAUAAUUACAUAUGACAUUCUUUUUGGUCAGGAAAUUUCAUUCAUUGGUGAUGCAGAGAAAUUUCUAGUGCGGCGUAAGGAUGCUCUUCAGUCUGCUUUAGCUCGAAUUUUAGUUAGGAAGAAAGUAAAACAGGUUGAAGAUUUGAUAGAUCUUUAUCAGACACCCGAUACUUUGAAACCCCGUUAUGUUCGUGUGAACACUCUGAAACUGGAUAUUGAUUCUGCCCUAAAUGAAUUAGGGAAACAAUUCAUGGUUCAGAAGGAUGAUAUGGUUCCUGACUUGUUAAGGCUUCCACCCAAGUGUGAUCUUCACAAUCACCCUUUGGUCAUGAAUGGAAGUGUAUUUUUGCAAGGAAAGGCAAGUUCCAUGGUGGCAGCUGCACUAGAUCCUGAACCAGGAUGGGAGGUUCUUGAUGCAUGUGCAGCUCCAGGAAACAAAACUGCCCAUCUUGCUGCUCUUAUGAAAGGGAAGGGAAAGAUUAUAGCAUGUGAGCUGAAUAAGGAUAGGAUAAAAAGAUUAGAAGACACUAUCAGACUAUCUGGCGCACCAAAUGUACAAGUUCUUCCUGGGGAUUUUUUAAGCUUGGAUCCAAAAGAUCCCUUGUUCUCCAAGGUCCGUGCUAUUCUUCUGGAUCCUUCCUGCUCUGGUUCUGGUACUGUUGCUGAGAGAUUGGAUCAUUUGCUCCCCUCUUAUGGUGCAGGUCCAGCUUCUGACACCACCGAAACAGAGAGACUUAACAAGCUUGCAACCUUUCAAAAGAAAGCUCUUGCACACGCACUAUCUUUCCCAGCUGUGGAGAGAAUUGUUUACAGCACUUGUUCCAUCCACCAAAUUGAAAAUGAAGAUGUUAUAAAGUCCAUUUUACCACUCGCUGCAUCCAAUGGCUUUCUUCUCGCAACCCCUUUUCCAAAGUGGCGAACUCGAGGCCUUCCAGUGUUUGAAGGCUCUGAACAUCUACAUCUACUCCGGACAGACCCAGUGGAAGACAAGGAAGGCUUUUUCAUUGCUCUGUUUAUCAAGCGCGGCCCUCCGUUUGAGACAACUACAAGAGCCAUCAGAAACCCUCGAGCUUCCACCACUGAAGCGCACACCCAAAGCAACAGGCACCCAAACAAAAAUAAAAGAAAAGGUGCACUACUACCAAUUCUGUUCAGUGGAGCAUUUAGAAUACAUUUAAACCAAGUCCAGCGUUGAGGAUCAUAGAAAAAUCUACCAACAGAAAAUGUGAUUGAAAGUUUGGACCUUCAUUGAAUCUAGGGUUUUUCCAUCAUUUAUUUGGGCUUACUUAAAUUCCUCGAUUGUUAAGGCAUUGGAUUUUGCAGUGAACAAAUACAAUAGAACAGAGCAA